AGCCGGUGGCAGUUCUGGAAAGGCUGGGCACGGCGUGACCCAUUCCGCCCGGGGGUCCAACCCGCACUCCAGCUCGUCUCCUCGCUCUUCUCGCAUCUGAUCCUGGGCCAGGCCGGGACACCCCCCGAGGACGCUUCCCAGAACCUGCGGGGCGCGGCUGGCAGACCUCACGAGCUCCGUCAGAUCCAUUCUUUGGGAGUCCCGUCUCCUUCCAGAGUCCAAGUCCCCUGCCUCCCGCUCGGAGCGGCGGGCCCAGCCAUGGAGAAAAGCAGCGAGACCGACGGAUACCUCGACAGCAUACAGGCCGGGCCUGCCGGGGGGCCCAGCGCGCCGGGGACCGCGGCGGGACGCGCGCGGCGCUGCGCCGGCUUCCUGCGGCGCCAGGCGCUGGUGCUGCUCACUGUGUCGGGGGUGCUGGCGGGCGCGGGCCUGGGCGCGGCGCUGCGCCGGGUCGGGCUGAGCCGCACGCAGGUCACCUACCUGGCCUUCCCUGGAGAUAUGCUGCUCCGCAUGCUGCGCAUGAUCAUCCUGCCGCUGGUGGUCUGCAGCCUGGUGUCGGGCGCCGCCUCCCUGGACGCCAGCUCCCUCGGGCGUCUGGGCGGCAUCGCCAUCGCCUACUUUGGGCUCACCACACUGGGUGCCUCGGCGCUUGCCGUCGCUUUGGCGUUAAUCAUCAAGCCAGGGUCCGGUGCGCAGACCCUUCAAUCCAGCGACCUGGGGCUGGAGGUUUCGGGGCCUCCUCCAGUCACCAAAGAGACGGUGGACUCUUUCCUCGACUUGGCCAGAAACUUGGUUCCCUCAAAUCUUGUGGUUGCAGCUUUCCGAACGUAUGCAACCAGUUAUACAGUGGUGACCCACAACACCAGCUCUGGAAACGUAACUCAAGAAAAGGUCCCCAUUAGCACCGAGAUCGAAGGGAUGAACAUUUUAGGAUUGGUCCUUUUUGCGCUGGUGUUAGGAGUGGCCCUAAAAAAACUAGGCUCUGAAGGGGAAGAUCUCAUCCGUUUCUUCAACGGCUUCAACGAGGCGACGAUGGUGCUGGUGUCGUGGAUUAUGUGGUACGUGCCUAUCGGCAUCACGUUCCUCGUUGGAAGCAAGAUUGUGGAAAUGAAGGACAUCAUCGUGCUGGUGACCAGCCUGGGGAAAUACAUCUUUGCAUCUAUAUUGGGCCACGUUAUUCAUGGAGGAAUUGUUCUGCCACUUAUUUAUUUUGUUGUCACACGAAAAAACCCAUUCAGAUUCCUCCUGGGCCUCCUCACACCAUUUGCAACAGCAUUUGCUACCUGUUCCAGCUCAGCAACCCUUCCCUCCAUGAUGAAGUGCAUUGAAGAAAACAACGGUGUAGACAAGAGGAUCAGCAGGUUUAUCCUCCCCAUCGGGGCCACUGUGAACAUGGACGGGGCAGCCAUCUUCCAGUGCGUGGCCGCGGUGUUCAUCGCCCAGCUCAACAACGUGGAGCUGAACGCAGGGCAGAUUUUCACCAUUCUAGUGACCGCCACAGCAUCCAGUGUUGGAGCAGCGGGUGUGCCAGCUGGAGGGGUCCUCACUAUCGCAAUUAUCCUGGAGGCCAUUGGGCUACCCACUCACGACCUCUCUCUGAUCCUGGCCGUGGACUGGAUUGUGGACCGCACCACCACGGUGGUGAACGUGGAAGGCGACGCCCUGGGCGCAGGCAUUCUCCACCACCUGAAUCAGAAGGCGAUGAGGAAAGGGGAGCAGGAACUGAGCGAAGUGAAAGUGGAAGCCGUCCCUAACUGCAAGUCUGAGGAGGAGACGUCGCCCUUGAUGACACACCAGAACCCCGCUGUCCCUGCAGCCAGCGCCCCGGAACUGGAAUCCAAGGAGUCAGUUCUGUGAUGGGGCUGAGCUCUGGGCUCGCCUGCCAGCAGUGGCGCCCCGCCCUGGUAGCGCAGCUGCAGGACAUGGACACGGGCACUGCCCUCGCUGACUUUUAGCCUCCCGAGCAAUGCUUUGGCCCAUCACUGGUCUGAGGAUUACCUCUCAGCACUCACACUGGUUCCCCAGUGGGAACUGGUCACCGAGGACCAGGCCACUCUGACAUUUGGCUUGAUCCAUGUGCAGGUGCCACUGUGUGUACACCAGGGCUCUGCUGGGAAACACCCCCUUGAGCUGCCAGACUUGGGAAAUAACAGGCUUCUGGGGUCCUGGUUAAAGCUUGGAAAAAUGCAGGUGUAUUCUUCACUGCCCCAUCAGCUCUGCAGUGGGUGCUUUCUGGGCAAGCCAAGGGGGUUCACGGUCCAUCUGUUGUAUUGCCUCGAGUUGUAGUGAUUAGAAAAAUUCCCAAAUUCUUAGCUGUGGCUGGAAUUUGCUGAGCUGAGACUCAGGUGUUUAAAGAGUUUGUGCUACAGCUAGGUGUGUGGGCUUCGCAGGAUGCUGGGGGACCAGAGGCAGGCACCGUGUCAAGUUAGAAAUAUUCGGGGUAGGCAUUUGCACUGCUGGGGUCUCUGGUCAGUAGCCUUAAGUAAACAAUGUAAAUUCUGAGGUCAAAGGAGAGAGUGCAGCCUGUGGGGUGUGUGUGUGUGUGUGUGUGUGUGUGUGUGUGUG